UUUAUUUUCAGAAUGGUUCAGAACCACUUGGACUUUUCAAAGAGACCCUUGUGAGGAAUACCGAAAGAUCUUGCUAAUUGACCCGUUUCUCGAGGUACCGCCAUUCAAGGCAUUUAUGUACACAUUGACCACCUUCAUCAUAGAGCCACUGAAGGCCUUAGGAGAAGGGAUAGGUGGUUUUUUUCGAGCACUCCUCAAAGAUCUGCCACUUUUAACCUGGACACUAGUCCUCAUCAUUAUCACCAUAUUCAUUUUGGUAGUUCUUAUGGGAGGACUGCUAGUAGUUUUCCAUCAGCAACCCAGACGUUUUCUACCCUGGUUGUAUAGAAACCAGGGUAGAAAUGUAAAUACACAAGCACCUAACCAACUCCAAAAUGACAAUGUCAGGUUAGAGCAGAUUGUCAUUCAUCAAAGCCAACCCAACGGCACCAAGGGAGAGAUCAAUAUACAGUUUCUAAGAAGUGCUGGCCGUCCACAUAUUGAGGAGGUUCCUGACGUUGAAGGGCGCCAGGGAAGCACUGAUGAGAGGAAUAAUAUCUCUGUUAAGUACAGCUUUGAAGACCAGCAGAAGAUACAGGAGGAAGUCAGGUUUAGUUCUGUGACUCCAACAGACCAAGCAAAAGGCAAUCAACCUAAAUUAGAUUAUUCACAGGCAAAGAAUAAAAAAGUAAAAGCAGAGAAGGAAGGUUCUCAUGAUGAGCCUUGUGGAGACGCCACAGCACCUGCACCUCGGGCGUACAGGAGAAAAGGCUUCAGCAUCCCAAAGAUUCAUACUGAAAAUGUUUCUGCUCAGAAAAUAUGAUCAGCUCCAACGGAUUACCUGUAUUUAAAGCUCAAAGCUAAAUAACAUCAAUAUUUACUAUCAGUGAUGACAGUUCACUUCGAAGUGCAGUAAUUGGAUUCAAAUUAAGCUGAACCAACACUGAGCAGUUUAUUAUCUGGUCUGCAGCACUGUGGCUGCAUUAAGGAAGAGCUGAGUGUAUCAGGAGGACUUUGUUUACAUUGAUUCUCUCUUAAACUGAUUUAGUUCAGACUUUUUUUUAACACUGGGUUUAAAUAUUUUAUCUAUUUCCUAUAAUCACGGUGCUGGAGCUAUACUAAAGGAUAGAUUCAUGAAGCCUGAAUGUGCAAUAACCAAAUACUUGGUUUAGUAUGAUAAUUUAAGCUUCUUGUUUGCAUUAAACACUUACAACUUGAAAUAUUGACAUUUAAGUAAUUUUGGAAUGUCUGUUUUUAAUUUUUUUAAUUAUUUUUUUCUCUAGAAAUUAAAGUCAUUAUAAGAUAUAUAAAAAUAGUGCAGACAAUAUGAAUGAGUGCAAUACAUUUUGCUUAAAUUCUUAAAAACUAUAAAGCAAUUAACUUUAAAAACAAAUAUUUUUUACAUACUUUGUGAGUUACUGUCAAAGAUACAGAUGUCCUUUUGUACAGGUAUGUUGUAAGACAUGCAACAUAAAAAGCAAAAACAGAGGCCACAUUAUACAUUUAACAUUUAACAAGUUUAAAAUUAGGAUUAAUAUUUAAAAGUGGACUUGACAUUCUUGAAGGAUAUUUUGGAUUUUCAGCUCAUAUUGACUGCUGCGGUAGGAAAUUGGACUCUUGCUUUAUUUGUUCUUAAAAAAAAAAAAAAUCUUCCUGACUCUACUUGUGCUUAAAAAGAUUUUAAGGUUUGCACAGACAUUGUUUCUUUCUUCAUAAAAUGGGCUUGGUUUUUAUAUAAAUAAAUAUGUAAUUAGUAAAUGUGUCCAGGAACUAGACAACCAUGUAAUAAAGUUAUUACAGACCCAGAUAAGCAUCCAGUCAUCUGUGUGUGCCUGUCAUUGAAAAUGUUAAAACAUCUCAAGUUCUGUAAUAUUUGAAGGGAUUCAAGGUUUUCUUUUUACUGUUUGUACUUUUGCACAG